GACGUUCCUAAAACUCUUCGAAUUCUUCCUUCAAAUUUCUUCAAAAGUUUUCAAUGAAAGCUGUAAAGAUAUUCUCAAAAAAGUUCCAGUUUAUAAAUGAUAAAUCGAAAGAAACUUUGAGCAUUGUUAUUCCAGAGUUGAUGGAUCCAAAUUAUGGUUUCUAUGUGUGGCCUUGUGCAGUUGUACUAGCACAGUAUAUCUGGUAUUUCCAAGAUGCGGUUAAAGGUAGAAGGAUAUUGGAGUUGAGUGCUGGAACUGCUUUGCCAGGAAUUGUUGCAGCCAAAUGCAAGGCAGAAUCCGUGGUUCUCAGUGAUAGCUUUUUAUUACCUGACAGUCUGCAACAUUGUAAGAAUUGCUGUGCUGCCAAUGAGCUCCCAGAUUUACCAGUUAUUGGUAUUACAUGGGGGCUUUUUUCACCUGACUUAAUGAAUCUUGCACCUGUUGAUAUCAUUCUUGGUUCUGACUGUUUUUAUAACCUGAAAGACUUUGAAGACAUUUUAGUAACAGUAUCAUUUAUUUUGGAGAAGAACGGUGAAUGCCAGUUUUGGUGCACUUACCAAGAAAGAAGCUCAGACCAAUCUAUAGAACCUCUACUGAAACACUGGGAUCUGAAUUGUAGUCAAGUAUCUCUGGCUGAAUUCCAAGCUGAUGGUCCAGACAUUGCCAAUUCAGGCCUCCCAGGAAAUCAUACCAUUCAAAUGCUGAAGAUAUUUAAGAGAAAGCCUAAGAUUGGAUGAAGCUGCUUCUUUGAUUACCCACUUCUGCAAUCAUAUUACUGUCAAUUUUACAGUACAAUACUGCAAAUGGUGACAACAAACUAUCUGCAAGUUUUACUUGAAAGACAGACAAGGGUUAGCAACAAGAACAUCUAGCCAUAAAAAUCCUACACUCUUCUCCAUCUAACCCAUGCUAGCAUGGAAAAAAAAACAGAUGUUAAACCAACAAAUGAAUGAAUAUGACCAGGAUCUUGGAUUAUCACAAUUUGCAUCAGGCUAUGGAAUGGUGAAAUAGAGAGAUAUUUAGAUAGGUAAGUACUAUGAAUACACUUGCCACAAUGGGAAAAUCUUGGAUUUGUGGAACAAAAGAUAAUCAUUAAAUUAAUAAUGGAUAUGUUUGAAAAGAGAAAAAAAAGUGUUUAUCACCUGCCCGUUUCUUAGUGUGUGUUCAACUCCAAAGUGGCAGAGGAAUAACCAUUCAACUGCAAAAUGGUUUAAAUCCAACAGGUUGUUAGCAUUCAACCACGAAGAGGAUUAAGUGACUGAAUCUCCUACUAAACCAAUGGUAGUGACUAAUGUUGGAAUGUGCCUCAAAUAACAAUACAAGAGACUUCUGGAAUCAACAAAGAAGCCUCUACAUAGUCACCGACCAGCUAGAUAUAGCUGCCAUAUCUCCCUUAUACCAUCAUGAAAGAAAGGAAGGAUAAUGUAUGUAGUUUUGUGUGGGGUUGAAAUGAGGUCAUAGCUGGAGCACUUUUAAGGUUAAAAAACAAUUUUCAGAUAAAAAUUGUUUGAAUUCAGCACAAACAUUUCUCAAUUAUACAAGCCCUGCCCCAUUCCUUCCAUAAUUGUACAUACCCAAUCUAGUAGAGUGCCUUAUCAAUCAAGAGAUUGUUGACAACAGAUUAUGUACUUUCAGUGUGUUCAAUCUAUGAACAAGAUUGAACUUAGGGUAGAUCCUUAUAUAUGACUGCAUUGCCGGUGGCACGUAAAAAGCAACAUCCGAUCGUGGCUGUUUGCCAGCCUUGUCUGGCACAUAAAAAGCACCCACUACACUCAUGGAGUGGUUGGCGUUAGGAAGGCCAUCCAGCCGCAGAAACAUUGCCUGAUCAGACUGGGCCUGGUGCAGCCUUCUGGCUUCCCAGACCCCAGUUGAAGUGUCCAACCCAUGCCAACAUGGAAAGCAGACACUAAAUGAUGAUGAUGAUUUAAAGUAUAGUAUUGGUCAGACUUAAUACAUGUCUCUUUAUACAGAAAUUGGCUGUAUUUUUACUAUGGUACUUAUGACUAAAUGGGAAUCAAACCACCAUAUGUUUGGUGUUACCAAACUGAGCAGUGCAGCUUCUAGACAUGUUCAUGUAAUGUAACUUGGUAGACAUAUGUAACUGAUUGCAUUAAAUGUUAAUGAGGCUAGAUUUUGUUUCUAGUCUACCACCAUACAGUAAAUAUGCUAUGAGGUUUCAUUGCAUUGGUAAGGCUGAACGUCUGCAGUCAGCAAGUGCUUAAGGAAUUAUGAGUAAU